AUGAAAUAUCAAGUAGUUUUGUUGUUUGCUUGCUUUGCCGCUGUCUGCUUGGCUGCGCCACGUCCCGAUGAAGCUGAUGAGAAGGCAGAGACACUGCGCCUGGAAGCCGAGAAUAAUGGCGUCGAUAAAUACUCCUUUGCCUACGAUACCAGCAACGGUAUUUCACGCACCGAAGAAGGCGAACUCAAGACCAUCGACGAUAAUGCGGCCAUCGUUGUCCAUGGCUCUACUUCUUGGACGGCACCGGACGGCAAGAAAUUCGAACUUGUUUUCACAGCCGAUGAACUCGGCUACCAUCCCUCAAUUAAACUAGUCAGCUAA